AUGGAGGCUCCUACACAACAACCGCCAACGGCCGGUAAUGAUGUUGCCGCCUUCAAGAAGUUCGAUGCCUAUCCCUGGAUCAAGGACCGCCCCUUUCUUCAAGGACUCGUAGCCAUGCUGGGCCCCCUCUCGAACGGUUUCGAGCACCAAAAGGCUCUCGGCAUCUCUCUCCAAGCCCGCGUCUGGUGGUACAAGUCCCGCCUUAGCAUCGACAUCGACCGGUCCGCCUACGAGAACUAUCUUCUCUCUUCGUCAUCUUCUUCAGCGCCCUCGCACUCACAGAUUCCCAACUCGCCCGUCGACGCCCAACUAGUGGACAAGCUCGCCGAGAUCCAGCAGCUCAUGGGCAUGACCCCUGCUUCAGCAUCCGAUGACGACCUACCCACUUGGCAAGUUCAGGCUCCCAAGGUCGAUUUGCUCAAGAAGGCCGACGAUGGUAACGCUGAUGGCGCGGAAAGAGGAGCUGAUGGUAUGGCUCCUUACCCUGAACGUUUCAAUGCCAUCAUCGAGCUCGUCACGAAUGGGACGCCGAUCCCUGGCAUUAAAAAUAUUCCUGAUACGGUUGUUCGGCAGCCUGGUAUCUCCCCCAUCGGCAAAAUGCAAGCUCCCCAGAAGCCUUGGGAGAAGAAGCAGCAACAGCAAAAACAGCAGGCUGCUGCCGCGAACCCCGUUACUACCGAGGUCCUGAUCGAUCGUGAAUUCCCUCCCAUUUCGCCUGACGAGGAGGAGCAGGCGGAGCAACAGCAAGCCCAGCCGCAGAAGAUGGAUUCCUAA